UCAUGGAACCCAGUUACAGGGCUUUGGUAAUUCAGCCCUGUAACUGGGAGUCAUAACAUAAACAAUCCCAGGAGCACCUGGCAGAAGAAGAUAGAAUAUGCCUGGGAACUUGGGGCCGAAAGUAUAAACAAUUAUAAUUGGUCUAGUGUGUGAAAAUGGUAGUAAUGUGAUAUUGGGGGUGGGACUUGAUGAUGAUAUUUACGUGUGGUGUUACGUAGCAUCAAAAGUUAUAAAAAUAGUUGUAUGUAAACAUUGGGUCAUUCCUGACUUUUCCAAAGUCAUGUGUUCUUCAAUAAAGAUUGGAUUUGAGAGCAGCCAUCUCUGAUCUGCGUUCAGACUGAUCCUUUGAAGUGAGCAGGACAAUUAAGUCAGGAAUCCAGUUCUCACCCUCCUGCAAAUUUGCAGUGAAGUGAUAAUGAGCAGGGAAGGAGAUCAAAGCCAUGACGGAGCAAAGGGGCCUCCGCUGGGAGCUCUGCCGUUGGCAGAAGAGACAUUGCAAGCCAUAGCUUCCUCUACGGGGUACCCCAAGCCGGACGGCGUGACCCAGAGGAUUCCCAGAGGGGGAAGAGGAGUUCCGGCGGCGGCAGAAACCAGUUGGGGAUCUGGAGGAAGCAUGCCGGAGACCGUGGCCCUGCGGUUAUCCAUCCUGGAAACUCAUUUAUCCAGGCUGUCGGAUACCGUGGGGAGAAUAGUGCCAAUAUUGGAAGAGAAUCUCCAAAAAGAGCACAUCCGAUAUGGUGCCGAGAGAGAGCCAAGCAAAGGAGGCGAUUGGAGCCAGAGGGGACAGCGAGCUUCAACGCAGAGUCCCGCGGCGGCAAGGGACGAGGGAGACGAGGAAUAUUGGCAAGAGCUGGAGUUCCGGGACAGAAUGGCGCGCGAAGUGGAGCGCCAGCAAGCUCUGGGAACUCUGAGGCCGCCAACCCCAACAGAGCUCCCAACCCCCCGAAUGGGCGUCGGAGUAGAAAGACCACUGGGGCCAGGGAUCGGGUCCAGUGGAUUAGCUGACGAAGGCGGAGAGGAGCAGGAGAUCCAGGAAGAGGAGGAGGAUGUGCCGUACGACGGGGAAAGGCGAGAUGCGGGGGCUACAGCGAGGCCAGUAUGCGGAUGGGGGGAAGGGCCGACAGCGGCGGCAGGAUUUCGGGAGCCGCGCAGAAUGACCACCGGAGUGGGGCGCGGCGUGAUCCAAGGAAACCCGAUGCAACCCUUCCCCAUGCCUCCCAGACAGCAUCAACGGGCCGCUGAAUGGAUGCCAAGAAGGGAAGAUCUCAAGCUAGAAUACGGAGGGGAAUCAGCCGAACUGAACUUUUUUCUAAUUAGCAUCAGGGGAUACAUGGAAGACAAUGCACACACAUUCCCCUCCGAAGCAAGCAGGGUUCGGGCCAUCGGCAACACACUAAAGAGAGGAGCGGCCAGCUGGUAUGUGCAACUACAUGCCAGACAGGACCCAUGCCUGAGGUCAGUGCCCCGCUUCCUCGCCGCACUGGAAAACCGGUUCAGAGACCGGCUAGAGCAAUUGAGAGCUCGAGACCAGCUUAGAGGAAUAAAGCAGAGGGACAAAACGGUGCCCGAGUACGCAGAGGAAUUCCUCCACCUCGCGGAAAGGGUACCAGAGUGGUCUGAAGUGACCAAAGUGGAAUUAUUUAAAGAGGGACUACGCCCCGAGAUUUUCAGCUGGGCAGCGCACAGAGAUGACCCCGAAACGCUCCAGGGAUGGAUUCAACUAGCGGGGCGCGUUGAAUCCACCCUGGCCCAAGUAAAGCGCUUCAGGAGCAGCGGCGGCCAGCAAAGACCGGUGGCGAGAGGUCGAGGAGAAACGAGGAAGCAGGAAAGACCCGGAGGGAGGCCGGGGAUUCCCUCCAGAGGAGACGACAACAAACCUAAACCGGGAUGCUUUGUAUGUGGGAAGACGGGCCAUCGAGCAGCAGAAUGCUGGGCACGGAAGGGGGAGCCGCCAAAACCCUCAAAGCCCAAGCCAGCAACCGGGAGGCGUGCGGAGGAGGAGGUGCAAGCCCCAGAAUCUCCAGAAAAAUUGGCUUGUGAUGAAAGAAGAACCGAAGAGGAGGACGAAGAAAAGGAGGGCACCAUGUCAUGGAACCCAGUUACAGGGCUUUGGUAAUUCAGCCCUGUAACUGGGAGUCAUAACAUAAACAAUCCCAGGAGCACCUGGCAGAAGAAGAUAGAAUAUGCCUGGGAACUUGGGGCCGAAAGUAUAAACAAUUAUAAUUGGUCUAGUGUGUGAAAAUGGUAGUAAUGUGAUAUUGGGGGUGGGACUUGAUGAUGAUAUUUACGUGUGGUGUUACGUAGCAUCAAAAGUUAUAAAAAUAGUUGUAUGUAAACAUUGGGUCAUUCCUGACUUUUCCAAAGUCAUGUGUUCUUCAAUAAAGAUUGGAUUUGAGAGCAGCCAUCUCUGAUCUGCGUUCAGACU